UUAAUUGGUUCAACAACUUCCGCAUUUGCUCCUCAGCGCAACAUGGCUAUGCAACCAUGGAACAGAGUAAACAUUCCCUUUCCAAGCGCCGUUUCAAGUGUCCACAUCAGUUACGAUCUCCAGACAGAUGUGAUCGUAACUGACCUGCUGCUGGACAACGAGAAGGUCCUGAAGCUUCUCCGCUGUGAGAUAUUCCACACGGAGAUAAAAGUUCUGAGCGGGAUGCUGCGAAUGCUGAGGAACAGCCACCGGGGAAUGAAGACUUAUAAAGCGUUGAAACAGGUUGAACAAUGCAUCAACAAGCUGAAAAACAUGAAUCUUGAUCGAGCCCUUCAAGACCUGACAGAUUUAUGCCCCAAAAACAUUCAAAGGGAACUGGGUGUGAAAGCUGGGCAGUGUGAAGUUCCCAGUCAGCCGACUCUGGAGUGGACGUGUCUCAAAGUUUUGGGAGCUGCUGAAUUGAUGAGCUGCUCAAUGGACCGCUGCAGCGUGGCUUUCCUACGUUCAAAGCAGCACCUGAAGUUGGAGGAGUUCAUCACCCUAAAUGUGGUGAUCAUCAGCAUGAUAAGCCGACUUUGGGUGCUUUUCCGUGGGAUCCUGGUCAGUCUCUCCUCUCAGUAUGAGAAACUGCUCAAGCUCCUGGCACAGGUUUCUGAACACAAACCCAUGCCCUUCCUCACUCAUUCCUCUUUACCUGAGAACAUGGAUGAGUUUUUGUGUGGCUCCCAUGCACUUAUAGUCAGCAAAAAGCUAAGAGCUCAAAGUGCCAAAGACCUGAGAAGGAAGAUGUCUGCCAACCUUCCCAUCCCUAUGGGACGCAAGACGGUGAAAGAGGACCUCGGUGUUUCCAUGGAAAGAGAUUUCCUCCCAGACACUGAUAUGAAACAGUUUCUUAUGUCCUUCAGGAAUGCAGCGCAGGAGCAGACCCCCUCCAAAGAUGUGUCCGGGACUGCGAAGAUUGAGGCGUUCAAAAAACAGCUGCGUGAAACCCCAUCUUUUUGUGACAUGUGUGAGACUCUACAACAAAUACUGGGGUGGUGCAGAUGUCAGAAAUUGAAAACAGAAAAGCGACUAUUGAAAUUUCUUCAGUUAAAAUGCCAAAGAAUGAGAGGACUGGAGGCUUCAGGCUCCAAUUUUCCGAGGAAGCUGCAGGACUUUAAACAGGAAGUCUGCUGGGCGUUGUCUCCGCAAGGACCGGUGCCGAAGACGCUUCAACGUGUGAUGAAGAGGAGGAAGAACCGCUUGAUAACGUAUUGUCAGAGGCUUAAGAGUUGUUCACGAUUGUCGACUGUCAGGUUCAAGGAGAAGAGUGAGACACAGGAACAGGAAGUAAACAGAUCUGAAUCUCACCUGUCUGAGGUUGACGCAAGCAGAAGCACUGACACAGACGUAGAAACAAGAACCCACGAUGACAUCGAUGACAUUUUUGCUUCUGUAGGUUUGUGACGAUUAGUCAAGUGUCUGAUAUGAUAUAUAUAUAUUGAAUUGAGAUUUUUUUUCUGCUCAAUGUGUAUGUAAAAUGUGUCAACCAUUCUUUUUUGGAUGAGACUUCGGACAGCACCCUGCUGAGAAGCUUCAGUCCAGCCUUUCAGAUGUCACAAAACAGUUGGUUUGUCCCACCCAAAUGCAUCCUCAUGCCCCAUCACGGAAUUAAUGAAAUCAUCAUUUUAUGUUUUGAAUAAUGUUAAAUUGAAAUCAUGUGGAAAAAAACAAUACCUUUUGAUGCAUUUCUAUCCAAAUAUCCAUGUAAUUCUCAGUAUUGUCACACACUGACAUUUUUAUCCAGUGAACAACUUUUUAUUCAAUGAGCAGCAUUUUUAUAAAAUUAAGCAUAUAAAAAAGGGUCUGGAACCCACCCCUUGCUCCCCUGCGACUGCUCUCUAUGACCUAAAGUGAAAUGAAAUUUGUAAUUUGUGCAAAUGUUGUAUGAAUUCUCAACUUUUGACACAGGCUGCUCUAAUGCAGCAUGUUGUUUGAGAUGUGGCGUGAAAAGGUGUAAGUUAGUUAAAUGCCUAAAUGCAAGCAUAAGUGAAGAAAUGGAUGUCUAAAUAAAUAUGGUUAUGUAUUUA